AUGGCUCAAGUAACAUCAACUAUUCCAAGUUUAGACCAUUUCGACUGUGGAGGCGACCCGGUUUCCGUCGGUGUAAGAUGGGAAAAAUGGAAACGCGCGCUGGAGAUAUACUUUCUGGCCGCUAAUAUUGUCGACGGUGUGGUCAAGCGGGCCACUUUACUACAUCUUGGUGGCCUUUCUUUGCAAGAUGUCUAUUACAAUUUGCCGGGUGCUCACGCCGAAGAAGCAGAGGACGUGGAUGUCUAUAAUGUGGCUAUGGAAAAAUUAGAUGCUUAUUUUUCUCCUAAGCAGAGUAGAUAUUAUGAACGCUACAUCUUUAGACUUAUGAAACAAGAUGAAGGCGAAAGGUUUGAAGCUUUUCUUGUGAGACUUCGUCAACAGGCUGACAAAUGUAAAUUUACGGCAAAGGACGAACAUUUAAUUGACCAAAUCAUUGAAAAAGGAAAUAGCUCUGAAUUGCGAAAAAAGAUUUUGUCGGCCGGCGAUAGUGUCACUUUACACCAAGUGAUCACUAUAGCUACCACACUGGAGACUGUCAAUAGGCAACUAGACACGUUUGGGAAAGCUGGAUCAUUUAAGGCGGGUGACAUAGAUAAAUCGGAUAUCAAUAAAAUUGACACUAAAAAAGUACCAGCUAGAGGUACCGCAAAGACUUGUUACCGAUGCGGUAACAACAAACACUUGUCUUUUGCACCCGAAUGCCCUGCCAGGGACAAAAAAUGUUUGAAAUGUGGGAUUGUCGGACAUUUUAAAGACUACUGUAAAACUAGAAAACGGAAAUUUGAACACAAAAAAGAUGGAAAAUUUGAUAAAACAAAAAGGCAAAAGUUUGACAACCCACAAAAGGAUACCGAAGAAGUGGACUAUGUAUUCCAUUUAGAUGACGAUGAGGUUAUCAACUGUCAGGUCGGUGGUGUCACUAUUGAGAUGUUGAUAGACUCUGGGUGUAGAUGCAAUAUCAUUACUGAUGAAACGUGGGAAUAUUUAAAGAGCCAUAACGUGAAAACCUCAAACCAAAUCGCAAAUCCUGACAAGACAUUAGUGGCUUAUGGCAGUCAAACGCCGCUGGAGGUAACAGGGAGAUUCGAGGCACAUAUAUACAUUCGUGAUGGACUUGAAACAACGGCAACCCUAUAUGUCAUUCGAAAUGGGUCGCGUAACCUCAUGGGAAGGAUAACCGCAAAACAACUCGGCGUUCUUCAGACUGGCAUACCGGUUAACAACAUCAGUACAUUUCCUAAAUUCAAAGGUGUUAAAAUUCAAAUUCCAAUCGAUGAUAAGGUAAAACCGGUUAGCCAACCGUAUAGAAGGAUACCGAUACCUUUGGAAGAAAAAGUAAACUCAAAAUUGAUAGAACUCCAAGAAGCUGAUAUCAUCGAAGAGGUAAACGGGCCUUCGCAAUGGGUAUCGCCUAUGGUACCCGUGCUCAAGGAAAAUGGCGACCUUCGAAUUUGUAUCGACAUGAGGAGGGCUAAUGAAGCUAUUAUAAGGGAGAACCACCCUCUUCCUACGAUGGAUGAAUUGCUACCCCAUUUCAGACAAGCGAAAUUCUUUUCUCGGCUUGACAUAAAAAAUGCUUUUCAUCAACUAGAGAUUGACGAAGACAGCAGACACAUUACAACCUUCAGCACCAGUAAAGGAUUAUUUCGGUACAAAAGGUUAAUGUUUGGGGUGUCAUGCGCGCCGGAAAUGUUCCAAAAGGUGCUAGAGAAGAUGUUGUUAGGAUGUGAAGGUACUGCAAACUUCAUCGAUGACAUCAUUAUAUACGGAUCUGAUGAAAAAGAACACGAUACGCGGCUUAAGAAAGUCCUACAGGUGUUAAAAGACAACGACGUCCAGCUUAAUGAAUCCAAAUGCAUUUAUAAGACAGAUAAAAUUGAGUUCCUUGGCCAUGAACUCACUGCUAAAGGGGUAAAACCACUCGACAAAUAUAUCCAAGCCAUUCAGUCGGCGAAGAGACCAACCAAUGUUGAGGAGAUUCAAAGUUUUCUCGGAUUGGUUAAUUAUGUGGGGAAGUGGAUUCCUAAUUUGGCAUCAUUAACGGAACCCCUUCGUCAGCUCGUACGACUUAAAUUAAGCAAAACGACGGACCUUCGUAAAUAUUGGACUAGCUCCCAAGAACAAGCGUUUGACACAUUAAAAACGAGGUUGUCAAGCAUACAAACGCUGGGCUACUAUAAUCCGGCUGACAGAACGCAAAUAGUAGCUGAUGCAUCUCCCGUAGGUCUUGGGGCCCUGCUGAUACAAAUAGGUCAAAAUGGUCCCCGUGUCAUAGCGUUCGGUAACAAGAGCCUAACCGACUGUGAGAAAAGAUAUUGCCAGACCGAGAAAGAGGCCUUGGCCCUAGUCUGGGCAGUCGAACAUUUUAAAACGUAUUUGUUCGGCAAAGAGUUUGAGAUUAUAAGCGACCACAAGCCCUUGGAAACCAUAUUUGGUCCCAGAUCUAAACCGUGCGCACGUAUUGAGCGCUGGGUUCUCCGCUUGCAGGCCUACAAAUACAAGGUGAUUUACCGGCCAGGCAAGGACAAUAUUGCCGACCCCAUUUCUCGGCUUUGCCAAUCAAUCAGUCCCAAACCGUUUGACAAUGAAAAUUAUAUUAAUGCGAUCGUACAAUACAGCAGGCCGACAGCAGUACCACUAAAAGAAAUUGAAGCCGUCUGUGCCACAGAUGAAGAAAUAAUGGCGCUUAAAAGUGGAAUGUAUGAAAACAAAUGGCAUGAAUCGGUCAGCGCUUAUAAAGCCUUCCAAACUGAGAUCUGUUUUCAAGGAAAUAUUGCUUUAAGAGGAAACAAAUUGAUUAUCCCCAAAGAACUUCGAGACAGAGUACUGGAAGCUGCACAUCAAGGUCAUCCCGGUAUCGUAGCCAUGAAGACUCGUCUCAGAACUAAAGUGUGGUGGCCAAAGAUAGAUCGAGACGCUGAAAACAGAGUUAAGGCCUGUAAAGGAUGCACACUCGUUUCAGCACCUAACGCCCCACACCCUAUCAAGAGACGAGAGCUUCCAGUCGAACCCUGGAUCGAUGUUGCGGUUGACUUUUUAGGACCUCUGCCAUCAAACGAUUACAUACUGGUUCUCAUCGACUACUAUAGUCGCUACAAAGAAAUCAAGAUUAUGCGAAGUAUCACGGCUGUAGAUACAGUUAGGGUCCUAAAAGAAAUAUGCUCCCGUUUGGGAUAUCCUGCGACUCUGACAUGCGAUAAUGGUAAUCAGUUUACCAGCCAGACCUUCAAGACUUUCUGUAAGGAAUGCAACAUUGUAAUAUACAACACGAUUCCUUAUUGGCCGCAGAUGAACGGCGAAGUCGAACGCCAAAACAGAGAUGUACUUAAACGGCUGAAAAUCAGCCAAGUAGAGAAAAAGAACUGGAAAGAUGAUCUCCUAGAAUACCUAAUUAUGUACAACAGCACUCCACACUCCACCACAGGUAAAACACCUUCAGAACUCUUCUUCCGAAGGCAGUUCCGAGACAAAAUACCCACAGCGGCUGAUAUGGAGUGCAAAAUAUUCGAUUCAGAUGUAAGAGAUAGGGAUAAAGAAAAGAAAGAAAAGGGACGGGAAUAUACGGAUAGGAAGAGGAAAGCAGCAGACAGUAAUCUAGAAAUCGGUGAAAAGGUCUACGUCAAAAACCUAAUAAAAGAUAACAAACUUACUCCUAACUUUAAUCCUGAUUCGCACACUGUUACAGACGUAAGCGGUGGUGAUGUUAGAGUAAGGAAUGACGCGACUGAAAAAGAAUAUCGCAGAAAUGUUGUUCACCUCAAGAAAGCUGAAACUGGUGAAUGGUCUGUUGUAAAUAAAAAUAGCGAAAGUGCACCCCUACCGGACCAAGAUCAAAAUGAAGAUUAA